AGUGUUUUGGUGAGUGAGGGGUCAGUGUAGGGAGGGUGACCAGGCUCCACCAAUCAACACCCGGGGACAGACACACACCCGCUAGAUUAUGCAUAGAUGGAUGCUUGUUGUGUGUGUUGUGCUGCCUUGUAAAUAUUUGGGAACUUAUGUAAUAAAUGGCUUAAACAGAGAAACAUGCAGCGUUUGAAUUGUUUGCAGACCAAGUGGAUGAGAGAUUAUAGAGAUUAUAAUGUGUCAAAGUAAUCUUUUUGGUUAAUGUUUUUUAGUUGUGCAUGUCUGUUUUGGUUGCCUCCUUUAAUCUUAUCCAGUUUAUCAGUACUAUUAACAUGUGUACUACACUGCACUGUACAUCACCCUGUACGUUUUUGUUUUGUUUUUUUCCAGGUACACAAGGAACUUGGUUGAUGCUGGAAAUGGGAAGUUUAAUCUCAUGAUUCUCUGCUGGGGUGAGGGCCACGGGAGCAGUAUCCAUGACCACACAAACUCCCACUGUUUCAUGAAGCUGCUGCAGGGUCAGCUAAAGGAGACGCUGUUCGAGUGGCCAGAUGGCAAUUGUCGUGGGGAUAUGGUCCAGAGGUCACAGCGAGUGCUGCAGGAAAACAAGGUUGCGUACAUAAAUGAUUCCCUGGGCCUGCAUCGUGUGGAGAACGUCAGCCACACUGAGUGCGCUGUCAGUUUGCACCUGUACAGCCCCCCCUUCCAGUCCUGCCAGACGUUCGACCAGCGGACAGGGCAUAGGAACACGGUUAAGAUGACAUUCUGGAGCAAAUUUGGAGAGAGGACUUCUUUUGAGAACUCAGUCUCUCAAGAGAACAGCUGAAAGAGGCAUCGGACAUUGACUACGACUGUGUUCACAUGUCAAUGGGAAAAUGACUUAAGAAGCAAAAUGUGGAUCUAUAACAACUGAGCAAAGCCUCUCACAAUCAGGAUGAGGGAGGACAGUUCAGAAGAGGACUCGGUAAUUAGAAUGACAUCACUGCCUCAGUCUAAGCUUAGUAAACACUCAUGAGCACAGGAUGAAUGCAUGAAUAGGUUUGGACAUGGAUUGAAUCUGUCUUUUGUUUGCUAGACCUAAGGAGACCUUUUUCCAAUAACAACAUUCCUGGUUUUCCAUGACCUGUGUGCCCACAUUUUUGUCAAGUUAUGGCCCACAAUUGGAAAUAGAGCUCAAGCAUUUCAAAUAUGUGGAAGAUAUUGUUGUGAUAGUGUUCCCCUAAAUUUAUUUUUUACGUCUACAUCAUACAACAUAAGAAAAGCAAUUGUAUUUUCAUUGGGGCAUUUGUAUGACUGUUUAAGUCAGUAGAAACUAGUCUUAACACCUGUAAAAAACUGUAAUGAAAAGUAAGAAUGUGCUGUACAGUCUAAAACAAUUAAUUUUUGGUUUGCCUUUAGAUGAAGAAUUGUAAAGCUUUAGAUUCCUGUUUUUUUGUGUGAUGUAAUUUAUUUACAGAUACAUUGAUUAGACAGUUUUUUUAUGAGCAAGGAUUACACAAAAGAUGAGACACUGAAUUAGUUUAAAGCAAAUCAUUGUCUGACCAUAGACACCCUAAUGUGCAUUAUUAGGUAAUUUCUGCACUUCUGUGCUGCUUUCUGGUAAGAUUUUAUUUCACACGGUGAAUGAGAUGUUGUGAGUGUGAAUGCUGACCUGGGGUGGUGUCUGUUCUGGAAUGUUGCUGGUCUGUUUUUUGCAGCGAGAAAUGUUGGAAGUGCAUCAGUUUCCAUGCAGUGCUUGGACUGUGUCAUUUGGAUUCUUUUGUCUUCCACUUUACUCACAUCUGGGUGUUCGCACUUAGUAAAGUAAUAGUAGUUACACCAUAUCUGUACAGCAGCUCCAUGAAGGAGCUCAGAGCCUGAGGCUGUGUGCUAGAGAGUGAUAACAACAAGAAUCUUCAGUGACGCUAACAGGAGAUAAUGACAUUGUCACAGGUAGAUUCAGCUGGCUGACACAAAAUCCCUUGAUUCUACAGUCGUACACAAACUCAUCACUAUUGGGUUUACCCCAAUGAUAAAUUUGGACAAACGACUGGCUGAUAACUGAAACUUAGAAUUUUUUAAACAAACUUUUGUACCAUUGCUGUACACGAUACGACACAUCACAACAUCCUGUCUCGGCUCUGUCUCUUCUUUCACCAAAUUCUCAAAAAGGUGUGAUUGCAAGAGACAAUGCUGAGCUAACCAUUAAUACUGAGCAGUCACUGAAUCACACAAAACUACAGGAGCAUCCUUGUGGUUAAUGUAUUUAGGAAACAGUGAUAAUUUUAGCUUUGUUCAACAGACCAGUCUGCGUUGGUUUGUACUGAUUUUGACUGUGAAUGAUACAACCUGUGCAAAGUAGGACAAAUAAAGGUAAAAAAAAAAAAACUAAAAAAAAACUAUUGUCAAGACGGGCUGAGCUCAGUAUCCAGAGGUCAUAAACCAAGCUUAUCAUAGCAGGCAAAAAGUAAUUAUAAUGGUUCCGUAUUUAGCACAAGAAAGGGGAAUAUGAUAAAGG